AUGACUGCCGAUAUUAACGACACGGAUUUACAAGAGGUGUAUCGCACCUUCAUCUCAGGAUGCCAUAUUCUGCACCAUCACGGUGUGCUCGACGCCUACGGCCAUUUAUCAGUGCGUCACCCGCACAAGUCCGACAUCUUCAUCAUGAGCCGUUCCAUCGCUCCUGCGACGGUGUCCUCCCCAGAAGAUUUGAUCGAAUAUUACAUCUCCACGGCCGAGCCUGUCGACCCUAGUUCUGCCAAGGGGUACGCCGAACGUUGCAUACACAGCGAAUGCUACAAGCUUUAUCCAAACAUUCGGAGCAUUGUCCAUAGCCACUCUGAGGCUGUGGUGCCGUACACCGUCAGCGGUGUUCCGAUGCGUCCCUGCUACCACAUGGCAGGCUUCCUAGGCGCAGCAGUGCCCGUCUUCGAUGUGAAGAAUGUCUACCAGGAAGACGACAAGCGAGACAUGCUUAUUUCUAACACACGCCUGGGGAAUGCGCUUGCCUUGAGCUUCUCUGGGCGAGGAGAUGGGGAGACACUUGAUCACUCGGUUGUUCUGAUGAGGGGCCAUGGAUUCACGGUCGUGGGCGAGAGUAUUCAAGACGCGGUGCUCCGUGCCAUAUUCACACAAUCCAAUGCGCGGAUCCAGACAACAGCGCUUACCACAGCGGCUGCCACUUACGGGACAGGCAACUUUCACAUCAAGUACUUGGAAGACGAAGAACUCGAGGAUACGGAGGACGUGACCCGCUGGUCGGUGUCUCGGCCCUGGGGUCUCUGGGUGAAGGAGGUCGAGGCAGCUGGGUUUGAUUCGCUUUUGCGGCAUAUCCGCACACAUUCUCUGCCAGAGGGUGCAUCCGUUGCAUCCUAUAUCGAAGUUAGCCAAGUUCCCUCGCCGUCGAUUUCAGAGUCAGCAAUUAUCGUGGGGUCCGAAAAAUCGCCGAGCAGCAACUCUGGUCACCCGGGUGGUCACUCCCCUCCUCGUUCUUGGGGUAUAGACAAUUCACGGGCAUCGCCCUCACAAGUAUUCGAUGGCGAGCCGCUGACUGCAUUGAAUGGUGAGAGGGCGGCGGACACAGCACUCGGCUAUUCCAACACAGGACCAGAGUCCACCUCCUGUAUACCGCAGACCAUCUCGCCGCAGCCCGCCGGAGGGGACCCAUACAUCAGCGGCGAAGUGAACUUCUUUGAUACUCCUGCAGAAGCUGGUCUAUGGGAUAUAAAUCUGAGUUCACACCAGUCAUUUUGGUUGCUCGGUGAUGCCUUUGAUAUCAACGCGCUCAAAGAUUCUAUCUCUGCGAGUAUCCCAGACUGGCAACAGGUUCACCACGCUAUCCAUGAAAGUCAGAGUCCCGACCCUACAUUUCAACUUUCAGAGGAGACUAGACUGCUAUCUCCCAGCGGGUAUCACUCCACAAUUCAAGAGAUCUGGUAUACCAGAAUCAGUCACGAUGUCGCAAGUCAAGACGGUCCUACAAGGUUCGAUCAGGAACAGGUGGACGAAGCUUACAGGGCCAACCUCUCGAGCCGGCUUCGUCCGCAUUUGAGCGAUGAUUUACUCCCAUCUGCGGACUUUCUGAAUCUGUGUAUAAAGCUCUACUUUGCACGAUUUAACCAAUUCUUACCCCUUAUCCAUGCCCCGUCAUUUCGACCAUCAUCUGAAAACGCUCUAUUACUGCUCUCAAUAUGCUCCAUCGGCGCACUAUUCGUCGGUUCGGCGCCUGCUGUCGCACAGGGCAAGAAGAUUUAUAAGAGGCUUAACAAGGCGAUCUUGACAUCGUGGGAGACUUCAAUACGAUGCGGCGGCCAGGAAGCGCUGUCGAUGGUGCAGGCGGCCACCCUGGGACAGACAUUCGGCAUGCUGAGCGGGAACGCCAGCGAUCUUCUUAUGACCGAAUGCUUCCAUGGCACCGUUAUAGCAUGGGCCCGCCGCGAUGGCAUGUUCAACUGCGUCGACCCUCUCCAGCUCCAAGGGCUCAGUAACUCUGCGUGUGCCGAAGAUGCUUGGAAACUCUGGAUCAAAGCCGAGGAAACAGCUCGUAUUGCAAUAGUGUUGCACAUUCAUGACUGCGAGCUGGCUAGCAUCUUCCACCAUGAGCCACUUCUGCGACAUAGUGGCAAUGCUCUUCCACUUUGCUGUUCCGAGGAGGUAUUCACUGCGACGACUGCCUCACAGUGGCAAGAGCUGGUGAAGGAUAGAAUGGAAAGCAGCCACAGAACCAGCAUAGGGGGUGCAAUGCACUCCUCGCAGACAUGCUCACACAUGCAUGCCUACGGGUUGUUAGCCUCCAUUAUUGCCUCCACAUUUGAGGUCAGGAACUCUCCCAUCGACCUAGCGACGGCGCAGAAGACCAGAGCUGCAUUGAUGGAUUGGUUUAAUGCCUACUCUAAAGCUGGGGCAGAGUCGACAGAAGAUCCUCACUGCCUUAUGGCAUUGUGGCACGAGGCAUUCCUGUACCUCUACGCUGACUUUGACCUCCUGGAACGCCUUAUUGGGAGGGACGGCCCUGGCAUUGCAGAGGAUAGCCUCGAAGCCGGCCGGAAAUGGGCUGCAACUUCGGAAGCCCGGCGCUGCGUACUUCACGCCUUGCUGAUCCAACGCCACAUGGAGGUCCCACAGACGAGUAUGCAACCAGCUAUACACGUAGCCAAGGCCUUGUUCUAUUCCGGUAUGGUAAUCUACUGCUAUGUCAAAUACCAGCCGAGACGAGAAGCUACCACGUCACUCCUUGACGAGGGAAGCUGCCAGGAGUUCCAGAUCUCCGAACCCAGAUCUAGCUCUUCCCGUCGGGCUUGGAGGGCCCGCUCAUUGCUGUUCUGUUCAGUUGACGCCAGCGCCCUGUGCAACGCGGUUGAUCUUCUGCGCCGCGUGGGUCCCUGGGAGAUAUCUCGGAAGUUUGCCAGCAUACUAGAGAAUCUUGUGAAUGACCUUGCUAAUCCCUUCUCGAAUGGGGAUUCCUAG